GUUAAAAUUGUGGACACUUGUAAGCUUUUCAGAGUGAGUGAGUCAGUGAAAGUUUUAACGUCGCUUUCAACAAUAUUUCAGUUUUAUCGCAACAAGUAAGCUUUUCAGGUAUAAUCAAGUGCUACAGAAUAGUUUGAAGUAGGGUAACACACAAAGUGAGUUCCUGUUUAUCAUACUAUGAUAGUGCCUUACCAGGGAGGCCAGCAGCCUGUGAAGGACACCAUUCAGGACACCAGUAGUGUCAGUGUGAGUGACAGUCAAGAAGCUCGUAUCAGUAUGGACACCAGGGAGGUGGGAGGCCUCAGCGCAAGGAAGACGGGCUUCAGGACAAUAGAACUGGUCAGCAGAAUCACCAUAAUGCUGAUUGUUCGAUUCUGGAAACUUUGCACAAGUGCUCUUCUGUUGUUGUUGUUGACAUUUUGGAUGUCAGGGGGACUAGUGACUUUUCUACUUCUCUGUUUUGCUGUGAUCGGGUUGCUGUACUAUGGCCAGGACAUGUUGCUAUACUACCCUUGCCAACCGCCCAAUUCACGCCUCUAUGUGGACCUCCCCAGCAUUGUCCAGCUCCCCUAUGAGAAUCACUUCAUCAGGACCCGGGACGGGGUCUUCAUAAACGUUGUGCUCAUCAAACAGAAGUCGCCAGACUGUCGCAGUUGUCCUACACUUAUUUAUUUCCAUGGCAAUGCUGGCAAUAUUGGUCACAGAUUGAUGAAUGCUCAUGGAAUGUACCACCAAUGUGGGUUUAACGUCCUUCUUGUGGAGUAUAGAGGCUAUGGGAAGAGUGGUGGCUCAAUAUCAGAGUCAGGUCUGUACAUUGAUGCAGAAGCAGCCAUGGACUUUGCCCUGCGACAGGCAGACAUUGACCGUAGGAAACUGAUUGUGUUUGGCCGAUCCUUGGGAGGGGGUGUGGCUACUCAUCUCGCUGCCCAGCCUUACUAUGCCAGAUUUAUAUUCGCUCUUGUUUUAGAAAACACUUUCACAUCUCUUCCGGAUAUUGGAAAAAAUAUAUUUAACGUGAAGAUUAUCCAAUACCUACCAAGGUGGGCCUUCAAAAACAAGUAUCCGUCCCUGGAUAGGAUUAAGAAGAUCAAAGUACCGGUGCUGUUUAUAUCUGGUCUCUCAGAUACCCUCAUCCCACCACAAAUGAUGCACACAUUACAUGAGAUGUGUGGCAGCCCGUUCAAGCACCUGGCCACGUUUGAGGGGGGCACUCAUAAUGAGACGUGGAUGUGUCAGGAUUACUAUCACACACUGAGGACCUUCACAGAACAGGUUUAUCAAACACAGCAGUCUUCCGAUGAAAAUAAGGCAGAGUUUGUGAGUGUGGAUACCGGGGCAGACAUGAGGACAGUGUGACAGUGCUGGAUCUCUGUUGCAUGUGUGGAUACCAGGGCAGAUAUAAGAACAGUGUGACAGUGCUGGAUACCUGUUGCAUGUGAAGAAUCACUGUGAUGAUGCACAUGUAUGUGAUAACAUUUAUGAUGUGAAUUGUCAUUGUACAACAUACACAAACACUGUGGAUUAAACUGUGAAAACAAGACGCCUACCUUGUCAUUUCAAAUCUUCUGCCUUUUCAUAUAAUGACUUUAUUCAAUUUAAGACCACUUGACUUCAUGCAAAAUCAAAUUUUUAAACCUAAUCUGAUUCACAGUUCAAAGUCAGAGUGGAUUAUAUUUGUAAAUCUUUGUGAAAUCAGAAUUGAUUCUGGGAUUGGAUGGAUUUUGGAGUUCUAAGUAGCAUUGGUAACGUGAAAUAUGCCUUCUGUGAUAUUAACGUAAUACAAAGGUAAGGGCAUGUAAUUAGCUCCUUUCGUGGCCGCCUGGAAAUUUGAUGAAGAGGUUGUCUCCCCUUGUGUGUAAUGUGGCACAAAAAAGAAUAUGAAAAGAGGCAUACCUAAAUGUUCAUUAGUAAACAUCAUUUAUGUUUAUGUGUUUUUCAUCUAAACAUUUGAUGGUUAAUACUGAAACACAGUUAUUAUCUUUAUUAUCAUUGUGAAAACAGAUUAUUGUGUUCCUGAAUAUAAUUGAAGGUACAUGAACAAAUUAUUUUACAACUUCCUUUGCUGGGCAGAAGGCUUUGUUGUACUGGUACACUGUAUUUCCGAGUGAAGCUGAAAACGAUUACAUCGGCACAAAUGUGUAAUCUAUUAUGUGGAAGUGACCCUUGCCUUGGGCACAUUUACAUGUCAGAUCACAAUCUCAUUUAGCCCUGGAGAAGACUACAUCGUACAGGGUACGUGUAUGUGUGUGGUUUUGUGUAAACAAGCUAUUCUAUUUUAUUACAAAAUCUUGUACAUAUGGGAAAUAUUUAUGGUAUUUUUGUAUCUGUGAAUCAUUGUGAUAUUAUAAUGUAUCAUAGUGUGUGGAUGAUGAUGGUUUAAAAGGGUGAUACUGUGUAUAUAGGAUAAAGGUAUUGUCAUUUUGAUUAGGUACAUGUGUGUAUAGUGUAACUAAGUAACUCUUAUCAGUGUCUUCAGAAUUGAUGGGUGCAUCUGUUCACCACGUUGUCUUGAUACAGGUAAUUAAAUAUGGUGAUCAACUUUUGAGGUUUAUCUGUCUGGGUGGUCAACCAUUCAUCUGUAUUUUGGCAUUAUAUUAGCUGAACCUUGUGAUAACUCCAGAACGGCAAGGCAUAAUUCAGUUAAGUUUGUGUCCGUGGCCGACUGGUCAGCGUGCUGGCACAGCACAAUGACUCAGGAAUUACUCACCAAUGCAGCCACUGUGAAUUUAAGUCUAGUACAUGCUGACUUUCUUUCCAAGUGUACAUUGGAAGUUCUGUCGGGCUCCCUCCCACCAUAAUGUUGUCCUCUGGCGCAUAGAGUGAAAUGUUCUUACAGCCUAAAACAUCAAUCAGUGAAUGAAUAAGUCAGAUGAGGUUUACGACAUAACAACUGAGUCCUUACUUAGGCUAUACAGCAGGUUAUGAGAGGGAUAUCAGUGACCUGUAACACAAAGUGUAACUUCUCAGAGAACAGCAGCUUUAGCAAUGUGGGCUGUAUAAAUUCAAGUGGACACAAUCUUGUUGGGGCCUUAGAGCUUCAUGCAGCAUUGGCUCACAGGGCUGGACAUGAUUCCUUAUAUAGUUGAUUUAUUUGUUUGAUUGGUGUUUUAUGCCGUACUCAAAAAUAUUUCACUUAUACGACGGCGGCCAUCAUAAUGGUGGGAAACCUGGCAGAGCCCGGGGGAAACCUACAAUCAUCCGCAUGUUGCUGACAGACCUUCCCAGGUACGGUCGGAGAGGAAGCCAGUAUGAGCUGGGCUUUAACUCGCGGCGACCGCAUUGGUGAGAGGCUCCUGGCUCGGUAUAUAUAUAUGUACGUGUCGGCUUAAAUUCCAAUGUAGUAUAUGUAAGCUGCUCUCUCUCCCUUGUCCCUUAAUUCGUGUGCACGGUAAGCCCAAUUCAAUCAAAUUCAGCUUGAAGCGUAAAGUGUCAUGUUCCUGAAGAACUGCUCAAAUAUUUAGGUAUCCUUGUCCCCUUCGUUUGCCCAGUUGUCUAUAUUUUGUCAUGAUGUAAGCUGUCAAUCAUAGCUAGUCCGUUCGAUCUCCCAGAGCUGAUGGGACGAUCUCAUUUAACUCAGUGUGGUUUAAGACUGACGUUUGAAACUGAUCAGCUGUCAUUUUAUGUCCUUUUGUCUUAAAUUACCUGGUCCUGAAGAAGUGUUUUAGACUUUGAGGGACAUGCCCACCUACUAGUUUCAUUUCUGUUUUUUCAUUUCUUGUUGUUUUUACGUCGUAGAAGACUAAAACCUUGCCGAUGCCAUUUCUGCUGAAUUUAUAUGAUGUGGCGUGAAGCUUUAAGGUGAAAAGUUUUGGAAUAAAUUAAUAACUGAGGUUUAACCCGACAUUAUGGUGUGUGGGAGACGAAUGUUUUGGUGCCAUAACUUCCAUAAAAUAUAGGGUAUAGCAUGCGCAGUUACGAUUUUGUUGCAUUUACUUUUUGGAUUAGUGAGAGACUCAAAGAUAUUUCACUUAUACAACGGACGCCAGCAUGGGAGGAAACCGGACAGAACCUGAGAAAAACCCACGACCAUCCGCAGAUUGCUGGAAGAGAAAGAUUUUAGGUGGUAAAUAUAAAGGCAUGUACGCAAAGCCAUGGACUUUCUUAGUAGAUGGCAUAAAGAUUUGUUCUUAGAAGGCAGAUGAGACUUGGUUUCGAUAGUUUCAAUACUUCUUGUGAAGUAAUCCUCUUAUAGAAUCAAGGUUGAUUACCUGACAGCAAAGAUACGGCUUCCAUUGUUUAAACUCCUCAGUCGCGGUCAGGCCUAAAAUCUAGCAUUGACUAACCAUAGCCUAGACCUGCCUGUCUUUCAUACUAGCCUAUAAGUGACGAUUCUUUACCCCUUUACACAAAUCAAAACUUAUUACUGUAUUAUAUCGUUUUAACAGACAGGAACCACAUUUGUAUAAGAACUCAAGAAGUAUGCAUUUUUGUCCUAACCAAUAAUAAGUUAUCUAUGCAAAUUUGUAAACUGUUUUCUUUCGAAGACGAUCAUAACGGCGCAGAUAUCGUUUAUAGCUGGGUCUAUUAUUUUCGGUACAAGAAGUUAUUUGCGGCACGAACAUUCUUCAAGGUAUGUUGAAAUAACCAGUGCAUUGGUUCUGUUUUGUGUUUAAGGCUCAUUAAGAACUUCAUUUAGAAGCUCAUUAAAUC